ACAUAUUAUUCACAAAUCAGUUCAUUUUCCUGCAAUAAAAGUCCUUGAAAGUGGGAUUACAUAACAGGAAUGGCACUGAACAAGCUAUAUUUUCUACCACUAGCAGUAUUUGUUCUCCUACCUGCAACUUUUAUAAUUACGUAUGUCAUAUCUAUACUGCAUAGAGAUGUGGAGGUGAGCUUUCCAUAUAUUAGUGACACUGGAACCUACAUCCCCGAGAGUUGCAUCUUUGGUCAACUUUUAAACAUAGUAGCUUGUCUGAUUGCAGCUACGGUGUAUGUCCGAUACAAGCAAGUUGAACAUUACUAUCAAAAUCACCUUGGAAGUGAAUCAACACAAAUGCUUCGGUUGAAUAUGGUAGGACUAUGUCUAGGGUGGGCUGCUGCACUUGGAGCAAGUCUGGUAGCAAAUUUUCAAGAGACAGCUGUGAUUGUUGUUCACAUGAUAGGGGCUACAAUGGCUUUUGGUUUAGGAAUGAUAUAUACGUGGCUUCAAACAGUCAUUUCAUUCUACACGUGCCCAUUGAUGAAUACUAAGACAGUGGCCGGGAUACGACUGUUUCUAUCCAUAGUUAGCAUGAUGUGCUUUAUUAUAUUAAAUAUAACAACUCCCAUAUCACUUAAAUAUUUCCAUGGAAAAGAUACAACCAAAUGGGAUCCUAAAGAUGGGGGAUUUGAUGCUCAUGUUGUGUCAACAGUGUCAGAAUGGAUACUAGCAUUGGCUUUUGAUUUUUACUUUCUGACUUUUGUAAGAGAGCUCCAUGAUAUCUCAAUGACAUCACCAAAAGUUAUUUUCCUGAUUCAAGAAAUGGGAAUGCCUACAAGUGGCGACAUCUAUCGUUGUGAUGAUAACUUGGAGGUGGCCUCCCCACAAAGUUCCAGAACUGUAGAACCUGUUUCCCCCAGGGAAGUGAUAAGCAGUGUAUGCUCUGCUACUUCCCAGGUUAUUAUACAAUGAUAAACGGUUCCUUAUCUUAGGAUAGUUUUUGAUCAAAGUUGUAAUGCUGCAGUCUUGGAACCAGUUUCAACAGUCUCAUCAGCACUGGUAAACAAAAUGUUGACAUUCCAGUGAGAAUAUGUGAAUUUAUAUCAUGUCCAGAACCUAAAGUUUUAUUCUAUUACUUUCUCAUGUUGUAUUAUUUAAGUUAAUGAGACAGUUGUAUUAUAUUAAAUAAUAAUUUUUUUAAACUAAAAAAGUGAAUGUUCAUAAAUGGAGAUCGAUUAUUUUAAGUAUUAUUGUGGGUAUAUGAAGAUUUUAUGGUUGUUAUUGGUGUGAUUAAAUCUUUUAUAUUAGCGUUGGUCCUCAGGUUUCAUAAUACGUAUGUACAUCAAUGCAAGUAUUUUAUUACAAAUUUUCACAGUCAUAACUAAAAUCAUACAAGCUCUUAGUACAGUCAUGUGUUGUUAGUAUUUAACUAGUUGAUAACAUCUUAUUUAACAAUCUGCUGAAUAUUACAGUUAUGUAAUUCAACAAAAAUGGGUUUAGUUCCUUACAAUGGUAAACUGAUACACGUGACCACUGUUUAGACCAUUUCACUUGUAUUCUUAAUCCAGAAAGGUCCAUAGUCUCAUGGAAAAUGAGGAAUUAAUAGACAGGUUGUUAACUUUUCUUAUAUUUGAUAUAUAACGUUUUAAUGUUCAAGUAUAAUAUAUGGUCUUUUUUAAUAUAUAAUAAUAAUAUACUAUUUGGUCACUCUAGUGUUAAAACUACUAAUGUCUCUGGUAUUUUUAAAAAGCAAACUUGGAUUGAUAAGAUUAAUUCUUUGUGUCAUUUUCUUGACUACGAAAUCAAGAAGUCUUAAAAGUAGCAACAUCUGUCGUAAUGACAUUUUCUAAUAUCAAAUGGUAUUAGCAGAAAUUCAACCAGAGUAUUUUAUAUAGUUGCAUAUUUUUUUGAUAAGGGUAUUAUUUAUUUGAUGUUGUUCACUUGGUCCUGAAUCAAUACUUUGAUAAAAUACAAAUUUCAUAAAUACAUUAUGUAUGGGAAACUGAAAAUUCUUGACAGAGCAUUGUAAGUAUUCUGACCUGCUGUAACUAACCAUCAAAUAUGGACAGACAAGAACAAGUUGAAUUUGAGAGUAAAGUAAUUUCAUGUAGUUUAACAUUGAAAAAAUGUAGUGUAUACUUUUACACCAUUAAUUUCUAGUAGGUGUUAAACCGUCUUUUAUUUGUCUUUCAUUCUUAGAAACACACACACAGUAUUAAAGAAAAAGUGUUUGAUGUUAUACGAGUGUAAUACUCUUAAAAUUAAGAAAACUCGUUUCUCUUUAUAUUUGAAAAUGUUAAAAUAAGUGCUAGCUUUGACAACUUUAAACUUAUAAAGUAAAGUAGCAAAUCAGAAAUUUUUGUCUUUUAUUUUAAAAAAACUGACAGUAGUGAAUUAAGGAUUAAUUUCUCAUAAAGUUUUUCAAAGAUUUAACUUCCAGUUUAUGACAAUAUUUGGGCUAUGUUGAUGUCAAGAUAAAAAAGAUGCAUGUUUCAGAAUCAUUACCUGACUCUCUCCUUAUUUAUUUAUGGAAUUUUUAUUAUAUUUUUUAAAUGUUUUACAGCCAUCCAAAUUAGUUUAAAGGUUUUCAGUAUUCAUUUAGUUAUUUUACAUGUAUAUCCCUGAGGCUUUACUAACAAAUACAAAAAUAAUUCAUUUGAGUGUGUGUGUGUGUGUGUGUAUGUUAUACAUUUCCUUGCUAUCAAAAAUUAUGUCUUCAUAUUUCAAAAAAUCAGAGCCUACUCUGCAUAAUUCUGGAUGUUAACCCUGAUGUUAAUUGUUAUUUACUAUCUAUUUCAACAGCAUAUUCCUUGUAAUUUUCUACCACUGUGUUGUUUCCUUUGCUCUAUCUUUCCCCAUUUACUAUCAUUAUCUUUUAACUAAAUGCAACAUCUUAUACAUUAUCAGUUGGAAUUGCAUGUUUGAAUUUUGAAGCAUUAUGUGAAAUAUCUUUAACAAUGUUAUAUUUAUCAAAUUAUAUAUAUUUUCAUGUAUAACAUAUUAUCAAAACAGCUUUAUAAGUUCAACAUUUAAAAAAUUAAUUACAAUUUACAUACAUUUUAAUGUCUUUUCAAUCAUAGAUUUUUACUUUGAAAUAUGAGUGUUUUUUAAGUCAUUUGACUAAUGUUUCUGUACAGAACAAAUAACGUGGGUUUUUGUGGGAUAUCUUGAAGUAUUAAUUAUGUCUAUUGAAUAAGGAGAUAAAAUAAUAAACAUGUUUACAUAAAUUUUCCUUAGUUGAAGUUUUAAUUUCAUUCACAAAGAGAAUUUUCAUUUAUAGAUCUGCAGGUUCAGAGUUCUGAUCUCUUCAUUAAAAAGUGCUUGCUCUUUAUUAUAGAGGUGUUAUAAUAUGACAGCCAAUCCCACUUUUCAUUGGUAACAAGAGUAUCCAUAGACUCUGUAGUGGAUAGUAUUGACAACCUGCCUUACCUCCAAUCUUUAACUUCUAAAUUAGGGACAGCUAGUGCAGAUAUCCCUCUUGUAUGCUUGAAAAAAAUAAACACAUUUCCAGACUUUUUGUAAACUUAAAAACAUAUUAUAACCAUCAACUAUGAUUAGCUGGUAUUAUCCCUCUUAAUUUUCAUAGCACACCCAUACGACUUUCAUAUACCAUUGUUGCUAAAAUCAUUUUGAAAUAUUACAAGUACAUUAAACUAAGGAUGAAUUGUCCACAUUCAAUAACCAUGGAAGAAAACCAUGUAGACAUGUUACAGGUACAUUAAACCAAGGAUGGAUAUUCUUCAGUUAAUAACCAUAGUAGAAAACCUUAUUAAGAUGUUACAGGUAUGUUAAACUAAUGAUGAAUUGUCCAUAUUCAAUAACCAUGGAAGAAAACCAUGUAGACAUGUUACAGGUACAUUAAACCAAGGACGGAUAUUCUUCAGUUAAUAACCAUAGUAGAAAACCAUAUUAAGAUGUUACAGGUAUGUUAAACUAAUGAUGAACUUUCCACAAUUAAUAACGAUAGUAGAAAUCCAUGUUGAGAUGUCACAGGUAUAUUAAACCCAAGAUCAACUUUUCAUAGUUAAUAACCAUGCCAGAAAAAACAUGUUGAGGUGCUAUAGGUACAUUAAACCAAGGAUCUACUCUCCACAGUUAAUUACCAAAGUAAAAAAACUUGAGAUUUUUCAGGUAUAUUAAACCAAGUAUGAACUAUUGACAGUUAAUAACCAUAAAAAGAAACCAUGUUGAUAUAUUAGAGGUACAUUAAACCAAAGAUGAACUUUCGAUAGUUAAUUACCAUUGUCAAAAACCAUGUUGAGAUGCUACAAGUACCUUAAAACAAGAAUGAACUUUCCACAGUUAAUAACCAUGUUAAUAUGUUACAGGUAUAUUAAACCAAGGAUGAACUUUCCACAGUAAUAACCAUAGUAGAAAACAAUUUUGAGAUUUUUCAGGUAUAUUUAACUAAGGAUGAACUAUCAACAGUUAAUAACCAUAGAAAGAAACCACAUUGAUAUAUUAGAGGUACAUUAAACCAAGGAUGAACUUUCCACAGUUAAUACCAUAGUAAAAGACAAUGUUGAGAUGUUACAGGUAUAUUAAAUUAAGGAUGAAUUUUUGACAGUUAAUAAUUACGGCAAAAAACUAUGUUGAGGUGUUACAGGUACAUUAAACCAAGGAUGAACUUUUCACAGUUAAUAACUAUAAUAGAAACCAUAUUAAGAUGUUAUAGGUACAAUAAACAAUAGAUGAACUUUUCACAGUUAAUAACCAUAGUAAAAAACCAUGUUGAGAUUUUACAAGUAUAUUAAACAACCUUUCCACACAUAAUAACCGUAGUAAAAAAUCCUCGUUGAUAUAUCAGGUACAUUAAACCAAGGAUGAACUUUCCAUAAUCAAUAACCAUGGAAGAAAACCAUGUUGAGAUGUUAUAGGUACAAUAAACUAAGGAUGAACUUUCCACAAUUAAUAAUUAUGUUGACAUGUUACAGGUACAUUAAACCAAGGAUGAAUAUUCCUCAGUUAAUAACCAUAGUAGAAAACCAUAUUAAGAUGUUACAGGUAUAAUAAACUAAAGAUGAACUUUCCACAGUUAAUAACUAUAGUAGAAAUACAUGUUCAUAUGUUACAGGUACAUUAAACCUAGGAUGAAGUUUCGACAGUUAACAACCAUAGAAAGAAACCAUCUUGAUAUAUUAGAGGUACGUUAAAGCAAGGAUGAACUUUCCACAGUUAAAGACCAUACUAAAAAACCAUGUUCAAAUGUUACAGGUAUAUUAAACCAAGGAUGAACUAUCAACAGUUAAUAACCAUAGACAGAAACAAUGUUGAAGUAUUAGAGGUACGUUAAAGCAAGGAUGAACUUUCCACAGUUAAAGACCAUACUAAAAAACCAUGUUCAAAUGUUACAGGUAUAUUAAACCAAGGAUGAACUAUCAACAGUUAAUAACCAUAGACAGAAACCAUGUUGAUAUAUUAGAGAUACAUUAAACCAAGGAUGAACUUUCCACAGUUAAUAACUAUGGCAAAAAAUCAUGUUGUAAUAUUGCAGGUAUAUUAAACCAAGUAUAAACUAUUGACAGUUAAUAACCAUAGGAAGUAACCAUGUUGAUAUAUUAGAGGUACAUUAAACCAAGGAUGAACUUUCGAUAGUUAAUAACCAUAGUAAAAAAACCAUGUUGAGAUGCUACAAGUACAUU